UCUUCCAGUACUGAUGCGCAAAAGCUCGAAGUGAGAAGUUCCGCGCAAGUCUCCGCCGAGGUCGCCUCUCAUCUGGAUUUUAAGUAGCGCUGAGAAAAGCGAAUAAAUGACGGUGGGAGUCGCACACACGCCACCCAGCUCAGCACGGCGUGUCACCAAAACAUCACCUGGAUCAUGAGGCAGAUCUGAUGAAGUAAGCCGGACGAUUCCUGGGGGAGGCAGUGGGGGCCUGACCUGGGCUGUUUUGCAUUAGCCCAUCAGAUCUCUUGCACUUCGAUGGAGCACCUCCGUUGGAUCAGGCACCGAUGGCAGCAGGUGAGUGCUGCAGAUUCAAGGCAGGACUGGACCUCUCCUGCUAACUUGCUGCCCUCAAAAAGUGACUUGGAUCCUCAAGACCACACGGGGCACCGGCUUUCUGGGAAACGGAGGACAGUAGUAGCACGACAUGGCCCACACCAGGCGGAAUACCACAACAUCUCUAAGGGCUAUCAAGGCAAUGGUAUCCGUACUACCAAGUACACCCUUCUCAGCUUCAUACCCAUGAAUCUGUUUCAACAGUUUCACAGGGCGGCAAACCUGUACUUCUUGUUCCUGGUGUUGCUGAAUUGGGUCCCUGUGGUGGAGGCCUUUCAGAAGGAAAUCACCAUGAUCCCUCUGGCUGUGGUGCUCACUGUCAUUGCGUUCAAAGAUGCCAUGGAGGACUACAGGCGGUACCGCUAUGACCAGAAAAUAAACAACAGCAUAACACAUGUUCACAGCAGGAGGCAGAGGGGAUAUGUGGAGCGUCGAUGGGCAGACGUUUGUGUGGGUGACGUGGUGCGUCUGUGCUGCAAUGAGAUCAUUCCUGCUGACAUGGUGCUGCUUCACUCAUCUGACCCCAAUGGAAUAUGUUACAUUGAAACUGCCAACCUGGAUGGGGAAACAAACCUCAAACAGAGACAGGUGGUACAAGACCUUCCUCAACAAGGAUCAGAAUUUACUCCAGAAAACUUUAGCAGUCGCAUCGAGUGUGAAAACCCCAACAAUGAUCUGAGGCGCUUUAGGGGUUACAUGGAGCAUCCUAAUAAAGUAAGGGUGGGAUUACAUAGUGAAAACCUCCUGUUGAGAAGCUGUACAGUGAGGAACACAGAGACUGUGACUGGCAUUGUGGUCUAUGCAGGUCAUGAGACAAAAGCAAUGCAGAAUAACAGUGGGCCGCGCUAUAAGCGCAGUAAAUUGGAGCGCAGGCUUAAUGUAGAUGUCCUGUGGAGUGUAGUCCUACUGCUGCUCAUGUGCCUUACUGCUGCUGUAGGCCAUGGUGUGUGGCUGAGCAGACUGAAGGAUCCUGUCUUCAUGAUCCCUGAUGACACAGACCCUGCCCUUGCUGGCUUCUACAUGUUCUGGACUAUGAUUAUUGUCCUGCAGGUGCUCAUUCCAGUCUCCUUGUAUGUGUCUAUAGAAAUAGUGAAGUUGGGCCAGAUCUAUUUUAUCCAGAAUGAUCUGGAUCUGUAUAAUGCCAGGCUGGAUUCUGGCGUACAGUGCAGGGCACUGAACAUUACAGAGGAUCUAGGACAGAUCCAGUACCUGUUCUCUGACAAGACAGGAACUCUUACGGAGAACCGCAUGCUGUUCCGCCGGUGCACUGUUGCUGGCACUGAGUACCCUCAUCAUGAAAACGCUCGUGCCAUGGAGCAGUAUGAAGAGCAGUGCCAUGGGCCGCUGGAUAAUACACUCACACUGCGCUCUCGCUCCAGCAGGAAGUCGCUCAGCUGCAACCGCAGCUCUGUAUCUCUCAACACACUUGCUGCAGUCUCUGACAUACACUCGCCACAUGACACCCUCCGCCGACACGCAGCUGGGGCUUUCAGCAGUACCAUGGAGUGUGCAGUGGUUCCAGAUGUGCAGCUACAGAGGAAGCUCAGUGCACUGUCAACUCCUCUGUGUCCUCCUCUUAAACAUGACACUGCAGAACUCUCCCACAUCCUGGACUUUUUCCUCGCUCUAGCUGUCUGCAACACGGUGGUGGUGUCCUCCCCCAGCCAGCCACGCCACAUGGUGCAGAUGCCGGUGGCUCGCACUCCACUGCGCUCUCUGGAAGAGAUGAAGGCUUUGCUGCAGAAACUCAGCCUCCCCCGCUUCUCCCUGUCCCCCUCUCAAAACACAGACAGUCCCCCGGGCCUCACCCGCAGACUGUUCUCCCGGGGCCGCUCUGCCACUUUUGCCCCAUACACCCCCAACACCCUCAGUGCUCCGCCACACACACCCACUUCCACCACGCCCAGCCCCAUACCCACACACACUCCAUCACCCAGCUCCACCCCCAUGCCUAUCCACAGAGGAGCCUGGGGGAAGGACGAGGAGCUGGCUGACGAAGACUCUGUCGAAGAAGAAGAUGACGAUGAGGAGGAGGAGUUGCUGUAUGAGGCGGAGAGCCCAGAUGAAGCGGCCCUGGUGCAGGCGGCCAGGGCAUAUGGCUUCACUCUGCUGGGCCGAUCCCCAGAGCAAUUGCUAGUAGUCCUGCCUGGCACUGGACCCCUCUCUGUCCCUCUCCUGCAUCUGCUGCCCUUUGACUCCACACGCAAGAGGAUGUCAGUGGUGGUUCGGCACCCGCUUACAGGCCAGGUGGUGGUCUACACCAAAGGAGCUGACAAUGUCAUCAUGGAACUGACCACAUUAGGUGACGAUAGCUGUUCUAGAGAGAUCAUGGAACGGACACAGCAACACCUGGAUGACUACGCCAGAGAGGGCCUACGCACACUAUGUGUUGCUAAAAGAGUCUUGGAUGAGGCAGAGUAUGAGCCAUGGCUAAAGAGGCAUGCUUUUGCUGAAACCAGUAUUGAAAACAGGGAGGAACUUCUGCUUGAUUCCGCCCAGCGACUGGAAAAUAACCUUACAUUAUUGGGGGCAACUGGUAUAGUAGAUCGACUGCAGGAAGAAGUUCCCGAGACUAUUGAAGCUUUACAGAGAGCAGGGAUCAAAGUAUGGGUCCUCACAGGGGACAAACAGGAGACAGCCAUUAACAUAGCUUGUGCCUGCAAACUACUGCGACCAACUGACCGGUUACUGACUGCCAAUUGUGACAGUAAGGAAGCCUGUGAAGCUCGGCUGUGUGAGCUCCAGCGAGACAUCAGCACCAUCACAGAGAGGGGUUUAUCUGACAGCAGCAUGGGCGUGUCCGAGGGUGAUGCUGUUAUUUCUGGCUUUACUCUGGUGAUUGAUGGCCGGACAUUAGACUUUGCCCUGCAUGAGGACUUGCAGAAGAAUUUUCUCGAUCUGACGAGCGGCUGCCGAUCAGUAAUAUGCUGCAGAUCCACCCCCCUGCAGAAGAGCCAAGUGGUUCGACUCAUUGGAGACUCCCUAGGGGUCAUGACCCUGGCCAUAGGUGACGGAGCAAAUGAUGUCAGUAUGAUUCAGGUGGCAGAUGUAGGUGUCGGCAUCUCAGGCCAGGAAGGCAUGCAGGCGGUGAUGUCUAGUGAUUUUGCAAUCUCUAGAUUUAAACACUUGAGAAAACUGCUGCUGGUCCAUGGUCAUUGGUGCUACACACGACUAGCUAACAUGAUCUUAUACUUCUUUUACAAGAAUGUGAUGUAUGUGAACCUGCUGUUCUGGUUCCAGUUCUUCUGUGGUUUCUCAGGUAGCACUAUGACAAAUUCAUGGGUUCUGAUCUUCUUUAACCUGCUGUUUACCUCUGUUCCACCGCUGCUGUACGGGGUGAUGGAUAAGGACGUUUCUGCCAGUACGCUGCUCUCCCUGCCUCAGCUCUACAAAGCUGGACAGAACUGUGAGGCCUACCUCCCCUCCACCUUUUGGUUGACCAUUCUGGAUGCUUUUUACCAGAGCCUGAUCUGCUUCUUCAUUCCAUACUGUGCAUAUGCAGGAUCAGACGUUGGGCUGCUCUCUUUUGGUUCUCCUAUCAAUGGCUCUGCGCUCCUCAUCAUUCUCCUACAUCAGGUCAUAGAGAGCCGCACGCUGACUUGGCUACAUGCAGUAGUGUUACUAGCCAGUGCUGGGUUCUACUACGCCUUUGUCCUUGUGUUCAGCGUCACAUGUGUGACGUGUAACUCUCCCACAAAUCUCUACGGCGUUGAGACCAAACUCAUGUCUGAGCCACUCUACUACUGUGUGUGUGUGCUCACUACUGUACUAGCUCUGCUGCCCAGGGUGUUGUGCCGUGCACUCUUGAACUCCAUCUGUCCGUCUGACCUGGUGAAAGCUCAGAAACUAGACAGAUCCCUCCUGGAGCAGUACUGGGCCACCAUUCAUCAGUGGAAAGAAAACAAACUGGACAGGCAAAAACUAAAGUCCAAGCAUGUUCCUCAGACCCUCAGUGUGAAUGCUGAUGUCCCCCACUCUGUAGACUGCAGUCAGGAACCAAUUUCUGUACUCUCUUGACCAGAGAUUUUUUGAGCAGAUAUUGCUUCAAAACUGAGGUGUUACUCAUUGCACUUUAAAGGUUUGGAGAUACUGGGCAGGUCCAGUCAAAUAUCACAGCUAGCUGUGCUCUGACCAGUGAGAGUGUUCAAUCCCAACACUGAUGUGCCACCACACCCUCACCAUCUGCUUCUAAUCCCACAUCAGCACAAGGGAUCUUGAUCUGUUCCAGACCUACAACCAAACAUGAACUACCAAGGUGUUUAUAGUUAAAAGGCCUUACACUGUAUUGCCUUAUAUAAGACAUAAACUCCAGCACUCUACAGGUUGAAAGAAGCUGAAGAGAUGUGGUGAGGACCAGUCUGUGUGUGGUUUAUUUGAACCAGCGUUUUGCAGUUGAUUCACUACAAGAGUUGCCAUUCAGCUACAGCAUCGUUGUUCAGAAAUGAUACAUGGUUUAUGACCACAUAAACAUCCAUAUACAUGAUCCUGAAAGGACUAGUCCAAAGUUUUGAACCCACCAAAAUAAUUAUUUUCUAAUUAUUUUGGUGAUUUUUUUUUUCUUUUUUCAAUGCAAACAAACCUCCCAUGGACACCGCCUACAUUCAGAUUAUGGUUAAUAUUGUUUGGUUCUUGUUUUUUGCUUAGAUAUGCUCUUUUUGCCUUGAUGGUUAAUGUGAAAUAUCCACAUGCAUCAUGAAAAAACAGGAAGAAAAAACAUUUCUUGCAAGACAAUCCAUCAUUGCAGUAGCAAUGCAGUUCAUGUUCGCACUGGAUAAUGACAGCAUUAAUGUGAGAAAAGAGAAAAGAACAUCUCAGUGUUCUCACUAUGACUGCAUGGCUUCUGAAUUGUUCUGACAGAUGUUACUUUCAGCCAAAAAAAAUCUGAUUUGUGCAAUCCCUUAUUUGAAUAUAGUCUCAGUAAAUCUAAUACAUUAAUAUCACAAUAUUUAGUGCUAAUAUUAACAUCUUAUGGUAAGACUUCCAUAGGCAUUCCGUGCUAAUUUAAAUGUUGGUAGCAAAGUAUUAGUACAAACUGUUUUUUUUUUUAACCAAAAACUGGAUUCUAUGUCCGGGGCAAGCCUGUGCUUUAAUUCUUUUUUCAGCUUUUUCAGCUACAAAACACAACACAGUUAUUUAUAGCCAUGUACUGUAUACCUUCACAUUUAAUUCUACGCAUUGUAUGUGGAUCUCAGUUAUGAUGAAUGUGAACAGAAGAAUAAUAUCAUGUCAGAAGGCUAAUGUGCUGUUGAUUGACUGAAUUAUUCAUGUUUAUUAUUUCUGUAAACCAGCACUAAUGGCCUCAUGCAACUCAAAGGCUGAGAGACCCUGAACUGUGUGUAUUAUGAAAGGAAGUAAGACGUGAAUAUCCGAGUGUGACCUGUGUUGAUCCACUAUUAUGAUAAAGAAUGAUCAUGUAAAUGCCUGGACAAAUGGAGUGAGUUUUUUUCUACUUCAGGAGGCCUUUACUUGACCAAAAGAUGCAUUUGUGUUUAAUUAGAUUUUGGAAAAUUGUGAAACUGAAAAUAUCUGUUUGUGUUUUUUCUAUGGAAGAAAUAAAAAACAACAGUCAUGAGUCCACAACUUUA